UAGCUCUCAAUAUUGAACAUAAUAUUUCACAGAAGACACAGAGGGCGCCGCUCUAUCCACGUACCAAAACCCCCGAAAAAUGGCUAUCCCAUCGUGUUGCUUGACAGCCUUCGAAUGGAACGGCACGCCCACGGGCCGAAUCGACAAGCUUGCCAACAAUGACGUCUACAUCAUCGGUGACAAUCCAUAUGCCGCGGUCGUCAUCGUCCACGACCUUCUGGGCUGGACCUUUCCCAACGCACGCCUCCUAGCUGAUCACUAUGCUCGCGAAGCCAACGUCACAGUGUACCUACCAGACUUCUUCGGCGGUUGGGUUGUACCCUUUGAGCCGGUGCUUCAAGGCCGAUGGCACGAAAUUGACCUCUCGAGCUUUGGAAAGGACAAUUCACGUGAGAUUCGAGAACCUGAAAUCACCAACUUUGUCAAAGAGGUUCGCAAGAAGCACAGAAAAGUUGGAGCCAUUGGGUUCUGUUACGGAGGGUGGGCAGUCUUCCGGCUAGGAGCAAAGGAGCAUGAUCCUCCGUUGGUCGACUGCAUCGCGACUGGCCAUCCCAGCUUGCUGACCAAGGAGGAUAUUGAUGGUGUUGGGGUUCCGGUGCAGCUGUUGGCUCCCGAAUUUGAUACGCAGUUCACCCCUGAGCUGAAGUCGCAUUAUUUUGAGACCAUGUUGAAGAAGGGCGUGUCUUUCGAGUAUCAUCACUACCCUGGCGUUGAGCAUGCUUGCUUGACUAGAGGUGACCCCGCAAAGCCUGGGGAGAGGAAGGCCAUGGCUCUGGCAAAGUCGGCCGCCGUGAGCUGGUUCAGUCAACAUUUGCAUUGAAGGCACCAAACGAGAGGGAUUUUUGAAUAGUCAAAUUUACCAGAAAGGAUGAGAUAAUGCGGUCGACAGAGAGAAGGGUAAUUGAGCGAGUGUUGAAGGGCACUCUCUGGCACUCAGAGUAAGUUAGGCAUACGUCCCGAAAUAGAGCUCUAGUUGUGCCCUCACGCGUUCCAUGGACAGGAUUACUACAACAGACUUCAAUCACUUGAUAGAGCA